UCCGAUUCCCUCUCCGCGUGGAAAAAGCUGUUUUCUGCAGCUGCGCCAUCACCAGCGCCCAGUUCCUGAGCCAUGUCUGAUUCAGCAGAAAAGGACGAUGCCCCCAAACCCUUCAGCGCGUUAUCUUUCGAAGUUCCUCAUGAUCCGGGCACUCUGUCCCUUAGCGACUCGGACCCUGCGUUAUCAGAUGAUGCAGAGAUAGAGUCUGUUAGCGCUGAGGAAGAAGAGGAUGCCGAUGAAGACCGUAGACCUGGAGGUGGGCUUGGAUCUCCUUUGCAGCCUUUCAUCUUGAAAGGCGCAGAUAUGGGCUUCUCCCAGCGCAGCCACGGCAUUUUCGGAGCUUUGUUCGAUUUACAGAAGGGUUCACCUCUAGCCCAGGUUAAUAAAAAAGGGAAGCAAGGGGUUGGUUCUAGUUCAGCUCCUGAAGUUCCAGCUUCUAACCCACCUGCUGAAGUUCCAGCUUCUAACCCACCUGCUGAAGUUCCAGCUCCUAACCCACCCGAAGAAAAGGAGAAACCCACUUUGUCUUCCAGUACUGGAGGCUCUUCCAGGAGAAAACGCUCGACACCAACGUCACGCCUUCCUGAUUAUCUCGCCCACCCCGAGCGCUGGACAAAGUACAGCCUGGAGGAUGUUCCGGAUACCAGUGACCGCGCCAACCGCAGUACGGCUCUCAACUUCUUGGCGGAGUUAAAGCAGCAAAAAGAAGCUAAGGGGGCCUCCAAGGAUCCCGCUAACCCCCUCCCCUACAACCAAGAUUCCUCCAGUUCCAGCGAGGGGAGAAUCCUCUUCACAAAGCCGCAGAAGAAGAACCAGAAGGAUCACGAGAAAAGCGGGGCACAGCCGGGGCAAGAGCACGUGGCCAGCUUAUGGGGCGACGAUGGACUGGAAGACGCUGAGGGGAUUGGAGAACAGUCCAAGUCCGAGUCAUUGGGGUUUCACGGGGCUAAGAAACGGAGCCGGAAAAAUCUCAGACAGAAAGCAGAUGAUAAAGAGGAAGAGGACUCGUCAUGAGCAGCGC